GCGAUUGAAAAAUCAGCCCUAAUUAUAACAAAAGGAAAACGCAAACAACUAGUUGAAUUUGUUUCCUUUGAUAAUUGUGUACUGAAUAAUUAUUUCACAUUAUUUGUUAUAAGUUCUCUUUGCAUAAUAUGAACGCUAACUUUAAUAAAAAGUGUUAGUGGGUAAAUGGUGUAUAAAACUGUACAAAAAUAAUCGUAGCUUAGGGAGGCUAAAAUAAAAUAUGGAACUAAAGUUUGAUGAAAUUCCCGUGGACACUACGCUCGCAAAGGAAUUUAUUGAGAAAAAUGAGCAGCUGUUAGAAUUGUAUAAUGACUAUGAUGGCACAGUAAAAAAAAACCCUGUUCUUAUAUUCAAUGGUACACAGUUUCAAAAGCAUCAAAGUUUACUACUUUUUUCUCAUUUUUUUAAUUCUGAUCCAAUAUCAAAAAUGUUUCAUGAUUUAUCAUCACUCUUGGAACUAAAUGCUAAAUUAUUUGCACAACUUGAAUAUCACACUAGAAAAAUACCUAAAAAAGAUACCUGUGCACAGCUGAAAUUACUGAUACAAAGUCUCCAGUGUGCACCUUUUACUGAGAGCUUUUAUGCUUCAGCUGAUACUGCCAAGAUAUUCAUGAGCUUUGAAAACCCCCUACUUUCCUUUAGAGAUGUAGUAGACAAAUUAGACACUGUUACACGCUUGGUGAAAAUUGUGAAUCUAUGUAAAGAAACGGCUUUUAUUUCAUACCUCUUUGUCAAACUAUGCCAUGAAGUUGGAUUGGACUAUAUAGAAGUAGAAUUUCAGCAAGGAAGUAAUUUCCCCUCUUAUUCUUAUGUGAAAGAAAGUCAUGGAAUAAAAGGGUAUAAUUCUGGGACAUUGGCUGUUAUAACUGAGGGUUCUGACAUUGAUUCUGCUAUUGAUUCAGUCCUGUCUGUCUCCAAACAGGUUCCGUGGCGUCUACGAAAGAUCCUGGUUCAAGAAAGUAUUUACGUGCAUUUUAAAGACGCUCUCCGCUGGAAAUGUAAUUUACACAAAAGUGGAAGCGAGCCUCCCCAAUCCAGUGUAUUGUGCUCUGAAAGCCUGAGCUACGGCGGCAGGAUGUUCCUGAUAGACCCCGUGGUGCCGACAGAGGAGCAGCCGGGAGUGGUGCCUGUGGAGGCGUACAGGACCGCGAAGGAGAUGAUAUCCCUCGUGCAGCAGGACCGCACGCGCUACUUGUCGCUCUGGGCAAACGGCGUCGCGGAGGUCAACGAGGUCACUCACGCCACCCGCGCCCCCGUGCUCUGGGUCAACUCCAUAGCUGACUUCAGAGGACCUCCGCAAGUGUCCGAAGUUGUAUUUGCUUGCACUUAUGAUGAAGAAAUUCUAAUACAGAAAUGCAACAAAGUGGCUAAAUUGUGCGAUGAAGCACAAGUGUGGCUAAAAAUGGAUAUUGAAAGCCGUCGUGACAUUCUAAACAAUGCUUUAGACAAAUACGCAUCCUCUGAUCCCACCGACAAUAUAUUUAAAGAUAUAAAAAAAUCUCUUGAAGACUGUAAAGUAAAUUCUUUUGUCGAUGUUGGCAAAGAUUAUGUUUGCAUGGGAAUCUCGCAACCUAGAGGUAUUUUAGGGAUAGACACUUCAGAAUCAUUUUUUGAUAGCAUUAAUUUUAUGUCCCUGUUGCAAGGGAACGCAUUUAUUUUAUACUCUGGAGCACAUUAUCAUGAUCAGCCAAAAUUAGAUAUACUUCAACAGGCGGGAGUACCAGUACUCAAUAUUGGAAAGAGACACUCUGGAAACUUCGUAGUAACUGCUACAAGAUUUUAUCCCAAUACUCGAACUAGAGUCGUUUGGACCAACUCUGGAACAAUUUUUGCUAAUUAAACGCCGUAAAUAUGUACUUGUAAGGGCGUAAUUUGCUGAUAUAAAAAUGUGAUGAGAUUUGAACGUGCUAAUCUCAAGAAGGUUGUAUCGUAAACGCAUAAUCGUUUAUGUGUGAAUGAUUGAAUGUUUUUUCGUUUAUUUGUCUGCUUUGGUGUUAUGCGACUGAAGCGAUAAUACGCGACGCAUGUUCCGUUAGAUAUGAACCUUCCCUAAAGCCACAGGCUCCUCUUGCACAAUGUAGUCCCUACGGAACGGUGGGAAAACUGCUGGCGAUAGUG